AUGUAUUUACUCACAUGUCAUCGGAAAACGGAAGUGCUCUGCGAUGACGCUGCUGUAACACGCUUAUGUAGAUGCACACAAAACUUGAAAUCGCAAAAACGAACUGAUAGCGUGAAUCGUACGAGGUCGGUAGAUCAGGGGGAAGGUGACAAUAAUAUUAUAAUUUUUAACGAUACGGCACGCAACGCGUCGCGGGGGAGGUACGGUACACCGAAAAUCUUUUUGGAGAUCACGGCGGGCCGCUGGAAACAGUCACGACGGAGGCGGGUGAGGCGGUCGGAAGACUCUGGCACAAAACGGUCAAAUGAGGAACACGUCGUGUCGCGUGUUUGGCAAACAGGUGGGAAGAGGAUGAGGGGCGGCCGGCGAGGAUGGCGAGACCGAGAAAAUUCAAAGGCGGCGACGACGAGAACGGACAAAAAAACAAUUUGUAAAUACACGACGGCGGUCACUGGACGGCUGGUGGACGCGGCGCGGACGGACACACGGACGAACGGACGACCACGGCCAUGGAGACGUGUGUACACACAGACGGACACGACAGACGGACCGGCCGCCGGCGUACGUACGCGACUGACUGACACACUGCGUGCGUUUUUUGUGGCUGCGGCCGCGGUGGCGGUGCCGGUGGCGGCGGCGGCGGUUGUGGCGCAUGGCAAGUGGCCACCAGUAUCGACCCCCAUCGAUUGUGCUGCACAGCAUCCGCCACCGCCACCGCCAUCGCUGCUAUCACCGCGGCAGUGGAGGCAACAGCCGCAGCCGACUUCUCUGACGGACGACGACGAUGGACUUCGCCGGAAGACUUACCUAGCGGCUCAUUGGCCCGAAGCGUCUCCGAGUACCACGCCGUCUGAACGACGACUCCGAUUACCCGGAGAUUCACACCAUGGUUUGAGGACACUUCACACUGCAUCGUGA